AUUAUUAUUAUUAUUAUUAUUAUUAUUAUUAUUAUUAUUAUUAUCAUCAUUACACGUCAUGUAAGAAUAUUACGUGACGACCCAUUUAUUAUAUACGACGGCUCUAAAAAUAAAUUACACAUUGCAAUCAACACGUCCGCACCGAUUUAGUCCCCCGGACCACCGGAUUUUCGUUUGACAACCAUUCGAGUCUGACACGACCGUUUCUCGAGUGUCUGCUUAAUCAUAAUAAUACAAUAUGAUGUUCUGCGCGAUAUACAUAGAUGACGUGUGUUAUUCAGUAGUUUGUCCAUUGAACAGCCACCGACAACUUUGCAGGACCGUUCUCGUUAGUUAGUCGUACCUGCCCACCCGUGUACGCGUGUACAGGAAAUGCACUGUGCGUACCCGCCUCCCUGUGCCCCGGCCCGAUACCGUUUUGGACGAGUAAAUAUUUUACUGACCUCCCGACUACACAGACGCGUACACAGAUAUAUAAUGCACCUAACAAUCUUGGUCUUGUUGUUUCAUGUCGGUGAUUGCUAAGUGGGGCUCAGUUCAACUGACCCGACGACGACCGGUGUCGACAUUGACAAUGUUUUUGCAAUUCCCUCCGCCGGGGACUACUUCCGGUGUUACGCGUUGAUUACACUAUGAUAUCAUUACGAUGUCAAUAACAUUAUUAUGUUUAUAUUAUACGAUACACUUUACUGAUUGAUCAAUAUUCUUAACACAAAACUUAAAUAAUUGUUCUAAUUUUUAUCAUUAUCGUUAAACAUUUUAAUUAUACGAAAAUAAUUGUACUAUUAUAAUCUAAAAUAAAGCAACAAUAGUCUGUUUACUAUUGCAGCACACUCUAUUCAAAUGGCCUUUGUCUCCGGCAAGUCGCUAAAAACGACUUAACAUACUGAAUUGGUAUGAGGCAUUUCUAAUGAUAUUCUUCACGCACGACUAAAGCGCAGAAUACACGCUCGAUUUGCGAAUGUCAUGAUGUGUAUUUGAAUGUAACCGACAAAGGUUAUCUAUGUAUAUGGUUUUCUAUCAACUAUCAAAAUAUUGGUCAUUAUUAAUACCAAUUUAAAAACGAUCGAUGGCCAUGGGACUGGUCGACUUAGAGUCUGCCUACCGAGGCGCAGACGUCGUCGCGAAACAGAUUACGGAAAACACGAGAGAAGACAUGGUAGAACCCGUUGUCAACGUAGUGGAGCGGCGGAACGGCGACGAUAAAACAUCGUCCGAAGUGCAAAAAGACAUCAAACCCAACCUAAAGGGCGACAGGCUCAAUGUGGCCUUGCUUGUACUGCUAUACACGUUGCAAGGUAUACCGAUAGGAAUUUCCUUGGCCAUUAGGACGUACAUGCAGAACAGGAAAAUCUCGUACGUUCAACAGGCAAAGUUCAGUGUGGUCGACUUACCGUACAGUUUGAAGCUAUUGUGGGCGCCUUUGGUGGACGUCGUCUACUCACGACGUGUGGGCAAACGGAAGUCGUGGCUGGUCCCGGUGCAGUUUUCUAUAGGACUGUCGCUGAUAUUCAUAGCAUCCAACAUAAACGUAUGGUUGACGGAAAACGACGAUGCGCAUAUGACUACGUUGACGUACGUGUUCUCUUGGGUGAACGCUUUGGCCGCGACUAAUGACAUCGCCAUCGAUGGGUGGACGCUCACUUUACUGAGAAGGGAGAACUUAGGAUACGCAUCAACGUGCAAUACGUCCGGCCAAGCAUUGGGAAUAGCGUUCGGGUACGUAAUGUUCAUAUUGUUUGAGUCUGAGGAAUUUUGCAACAAAUGGCUACGUUUUACAGCCCAAAAAGGAGGCAUAAUUACGAUGGAAGGAUAUUUAUACUUCUGGGGAAUACUAUUCACGGUGGCUUCCACAUCUAUCGCGUUUUUCGUUAAAGACAAAUACGACCAAGCUGAGAAAAUCAGCCAAAUCAAUAUUAAGCAAAUUUAUAAAUCGCUGUGGAAGAUCAUAAACCUUCGGACGAUGAGAAUAUUUACCCUAGUUAUGCUAGCAUAUGAAAUGUCAUUUUCGUCUAUGGGAUCAUUUGUGUCCAACCCAAAAUUUAUGGAAUAUGGCGUGGCUAAAGAAGACAUGGCUCUAGUUGACCUAUCAUUGAUUCCGAUAAAGAUUUGUAUUCCUAUUCUUAUUUCCAAGUAUACAUCUGGGCCGAGACCGUUGAAAAUACUGCACAAGACGGUGCCAUACCGGUUGAUGUUGGGAAUUUCAUCCGGAGUCCUUGUAUACUAUACUCCGUAUUUCAUAGGUGGCGAAUACCAUAACUGGUCAGCUUACUUUUUCCUGAUUUACGAACUCCAUCGUAUUUUGAGACUGGUGUUGAUGGUUGUCGUUUACCUAAGUGUCAGGUCGUUCUUUUUACGAAUCAGUGACCCUCGGAUCGGUGGUACGUACAUGUCACUGUUGAAUACUGUGUGGUAUUUAGGGAUAGCUGUAUCCCGGAUUGCAGCUCUAGGAAUGCUCAACUUGCUGACGGUCAAAGAGUGUUCGACAGACAGGGCGGACGAGUGUCGUUUCAAGACAUCGAAUGAUGAGGAUUGCGUGAAGUUGGCUGGAGACGAAUGCGUCACCGUCCUGGACGGUUACUUUGUCGAAGUGGUAUUCUGCACGGUGUCCGGCGUGGCGUGGUACCUGGCCUUGAGAAAAAUCCUCGAGAACUUACAGUCCAGGGACAAGAGCGAUUGGCAAGUGAAUGACAUCGGGCGGAUCCAUGGCGUGUCACAGGACGACUGACCAUCGCUUGCUUGCAACCCGCAGCUACCUGCCAGACCUGAGGCCCGCCUGUCUGACCGCGGAGCCGUUCCGUCCAACCCAAACUCAUUUUAAACUGUUUUCAAACCUUCCCCGACCCCAUUUCAACUUAUCUCAAACUACUCGUCGGUCUUAACCAGUGAUUUCGACCAUUACCAAGAACCUGGUACCUACCUAUAGGUUACCACACUAGUUGAUUGAUGUACAAAACGAAAACUAAAUAGUAAAUAGUAUCAUAUCGAAGUACCAAUAACCAUGGCUAAAUAACUGCAGCCAUGGCGCCAUGCCAAUAACCUGCCUAUAUGCGUGUGUACCGAGUAUGUUAUAUUAUUUUAAGUAUACAAACUGCCGGCUAUGAAUUAGGCAUUUUAAAUAAAGAUAAAUACAAUUGUGUA